AUGGCGGUGGCGGCGAGAGCUCUGCCUCUACCUCCGUGGUUCUCUGUGCAUCCAAUCAGGAUCCCUGUUAUGGUGAAUACGGCAUCUUCUUCAUUAGCCAUGGGUAAAGGUGGGCAGCAUCAGCGUAAGUCUUCCCUUUGUAUUGACCAAGAAAAUGUAGCCAGCAGAAACUCUGUGCUAAUGGAUGAAGACUCGGACGAUGAUGACGAGUUUCAGAUAGCUGAAUCAGAACAAGAGGUUGGCCUAUCAAAGCAUAAUCUUUUGAACUAA